UACAUUGUAGCUUUAAACAUUUUACGGCAGUUAUAAAUUUGAAUAAAUCCCUUGUUACCCAGUUAUCAAAUCGAGAAGUAUUAAUAUCAAAAUUUUAUCUAAACCGCACCUUUAAUUCGAUAUAAAACUUAUUACUUUUUCUUAUCAUAACAGUACUCAAAAUGGAUUUAAAGGAGAAAGUAGCUAUAGUAACAGGAGCGAGUUCCGGUGUAGGAGCAGCAACAGUAAAAGCUUUAUUAAAGCUCGGAAUGAAGGUUGUUGGAAUUGCAAGAAGAAAAGAAAAGAUUGAGGAACUCCGUCAAAACUCCAAUGAUAAAUUGUUUGCGUUAAAAGUCGAUCUUAGAAAUCCGGAAGAAAUUUUAGACGGUUUUAAGUGGAUCGAGAAAAACGUAGGACUGAUUCAUGUUUUAAUCAAUAAUGCCGGAAUUGGAAUACCGACACCAAUCAUAAAUGGCAACAUCGAUUCUUGGAAAUCGGUUUUAGAUACCAAUUUCAUUAGCGUGGCGAUCACGUGUCGUGAAACAAUUCGAAUUAUGCAAGAAAAUAACACUGAUGAUAUCGAGAAAAUUUAUUCGGAAUUACCCUAUUUAUCUGGAGAGGAUAUAGCUGAAACAAUUUUAUAUUUACUAUCUACUCCUUUACAUGUUCAUGUCACAGAGUUUGUUGUUAGACCUAUAGGAGAAAAUUUUGAAAAUAUUAUGAAAACGUUAAAAAGAGC